AUGGAUGUUGUGACUUGUAUCACUGGAAAAAUUGGAGAACUCUUGGAGCAAGUUAAAAUACUUGAAGGAGUGAGGGAUGACGUGCAGGUAUCUGUUGAUGCAGCAAAGAGGAAUGGUGAGGUGAUCAGAAAAGAGGUUCAGAAUUGGACAUCAAUGGUUGAUGGGAUUCUAUCAGAGGCUAACAAACUUCUUGGAAAGGCUUCCAAAGUAAGGUUUCAUAAUUUGGCUUCACGCUAUCAGCUAAGCAGGAAAGCAGAAGAGAAAACAAUGGAAAUUGAAAAACAGAAAAAUGAAGGCAAGUUUGAUAGAGUUUCCAAUCCUGCACCUCCGCCACCAUUAUUGUUUCCAUCUCAAGAAGAUAUUGUGAUUUUCGAAAGCAGAGAACGACAAGUAGAGGAGAUUAUGAAGGCCUUGAAGGACAACAAAACCAACUUCAUUGGGAUAUACGGAAUGGGAGGGGUGGGUAAAACUACCCUGGUGAAACAAGUUGUUAAAAGGGCUCAACAAGACAGGCUGUUUCCUACUAUUGCAAUGGUUGUGGUGUCACAAACCAUUGAUGUGAAAAAGAUUCAAGACCAGAUAGCAGAGAGUUUGGGUUUGAAAUUAGAUGAGGUUAACGAACAAAAUCGAGUAAGCCGGUUGCUGGCUAGAUUGAAGGAAGAGAACAAAGUGCUCAUUAUCUUGGAUGAUAUUUGGGCUAGACUCGAUCUUGCAACUGUGGGCAUUCCACUUGGCCAUGAUCAUGCAGGUUGCAAAAUCAUUGUCACAACACGUCGUAAACAGGUGUGUGACACUAUGGUCGACACAGGGAGUGAGACUGCAAAGGUCAUCCCUAUUAAUAUUUUAUCUGAAAAAGAAUCAUAG